CUCAUGCCCACAUGAUCAAGACUCUUUAUCUCCCUUCGGUUUUCCUGAGGACGAGGCUGAUUGUGUUCUAUGUGAAAUGCGAGGUCUUGGUGGAUGCCCGAUGGGUGUUCGAUGAAAUGCCUGAGAGGAAUGUUGUGGCUUGGACUGCAAUGGUUUCUGCAUAUGCCCAGAGAGGCCACUUCUUUGAAGCUCUCAGUCUUUUUGUUCAGAUGUUGAGAUCAGGAACUGAACCAAAUGAGUUCACUUUUGCAACAGUGCUUGCUUCUUGCGCGGGCACCUCUGGUCUCAAAUCCGGGCGUCAAAUCCACGGGCUACUGAUCAGGAGUGGUUUUGACUCCCAACUGCAUGUUGGAAGUUCACUUCUUGAUAUGUACGCCAAAUCUGCAGGGGCAUUAUGGGGAUGCAGUAGAAAUAUUCCGCGGAUUACAAAGAGAAGGGAUGUCAUCUAACUAUGUCACUUAUACUAGCCUUUUGAAUGCAUUGUCUGGACUUGCUGCAAUGGAACACGGCAGGCAAGUCCACGGCCAUGUCAUUCGGACCAAAUUGCCCUUCUAUGUCGUCCUUCAGAAUUCCCUGAUUGACAUGUACUCCAAGUGCGGAAACCUCGCUUACUCAAGAAGGGUAUUUGACAGAAUGCCCGAAAGAAGCGUCAGCACUUGGAACACUAUGCUGGUUGGGUACAGUAAGCACGGGAUGGGAAGGGAAGCGGUUGACCUUUUCGAAACAAUGAGGGGCGAAAAGGUAAUUUCCCCGGACAGCGUCACGUAUUUGGCCGUGUUAACGGGCUGCAGCCACGGUGGAAUGGAGGAGAAAGGACUCGGGAUCUUCAACGAGAUGGUCAGCUCGGGAAACAAAGCCGACAUUCGGAUGGAGCACUACGGGUGUGUCGUGGACAUGCUCGGGCGGUCGGGUCAGGUAGAACGGGCUUACCGGUUUGUUCAAGAGAUGCCUUUCGAACCAAACGGGUCAGUCUUGGGCUCCCUUUUGGGCGCGUGCCGGUUUCACGCGGACCCCACGAUAGGCGAGAUCGUAGGGAACCGGCUCAUGGAAAUGGAGCCGGAACGCGGCGGGAACUACGUCAUUCUUUCGAACAUAUUCGCGUCCGCCGGGCGGUGGGCGGACGCGAGGAGGGUGAGGAAGAUGAUGGAGGAGAAGGCGGUGGUGAAGGAGCCGGGAUUAAACGGAAUUCCAUUUGUGCAUCUCCACCAUUCAGCAAAAAUGCCUUCGGCGAAACCCUUCGCGACCGCCGCAGGGAUGCUGAGAGCCAGAUCGAGCUCCGGCAUACGAGCUCGAGGAGAUCACGGCCCGAAUCCGUUCCUCACUCCCGGCCACCAGGAGCGACCGAAUGGAUACCUCUUCAGCCGUACGCCGCCGCCGCCGGGGCAAUCCCGAAAGUGGGAGGACUGGGAGCUCCCUUGCUACAUCACCAGCUUUCUCACCAUCGUCAUCCUCGGCGUCGGCCUCAACGCCAAGCCCGAUCUCACUAUCGAGACCUGGGCCCACAAGGAAGCCGUCAAAAGGCUCGAGCUCGAGUCCUCUUCCCAAUCCGACUGAAUCGUCUAUCGGGGUAUGCUCUUGUUACGCCCUCUUCUGGAAUUUAUCAAAUUAGGGUUACGUGAGAGAAGGUUGGGAGGUUUUCUGUUGAUAAUUUCUGGUGCAGUGGGUGAGAAAUAAGCGUUUUCUGUUCAUUGACUCAUAGUUUGAAUGGUUAAACUUGAACUUCGUUUCACAACAACUUCAAUUUGCUGCUAUGUUUAACUUGAUGAUAUUGUGCUUCAUUGAGGAUAUGCUUUCCUCGAUAUCUAUACUCGUAUGAAACUUUGAAUUUUCCAAUAUAUCUUGUGUUGGUUC